AUGGUCCUCGGUUGGCUGCUGUUUGUGGUGAUACCUCUGCCAUCCGGCACAACCGGCAUUAAGAGCUGUAUGUUCUGUGAGCUGACCGACUCUCUGAGCUGCCCCGGCAUCCUCAUGAGCUGCGGCGAAGAUGAGGAGUGCUUCACGGGCGAGGGGACGGCUCCCGGCGUCGGCGCCAUCACCAACAAAGGCUGCGUGCGAUCCAGUUUGUGUGGCCGCGAGGAGCCUGUCACCUACCAAGGCGUCACCUACAGCCUCACCUCCAACUGCUGCUUCGGCAACAUGUGUAACAGGGCCCCAAACCCCGCAGGCAGCCAGAUGGCGGUGACCCUCAUCGGACUUGCGCUGACCGGGCUGCUGCUCCAUUGGCUGUGA